AUGAGUUUCAGCGAAAGCUUACCACCACAGACUGUAGAAAAAGAGGAGCAUGAAGAGAAAAUAAUAUUGAAUGUCAAUAACGUCAAGUAUGAAACGUACAGGUCUACGUUGACGGCAUAUCCUGAAACUCUUCUUGGAACAAUGUUUCAAAAACGCAAUUCUGCACUAUUACAGCCUAAAAAUAACAACGAAUAUUCGAUAAAUCGAGAUGGAAAUGUAUUUUAUUAUAUUCUCGAGUAUUAUCGAGAAGGAAAAUUAACAUGGGCUGGACCCCAAUCAAAACCCGUCGUACGACGACGAGACUUGGACAAAGAGCUCGACUACUUUUUAUUACCACCGGUGAUUCCGCCCUACGCAAUUCAGUCAGAUUAUCAAUCAUGUCUUAAGGGAAUGGAGAAAAUAUGUCAACGAGUAUUUUCCAAAAAUUCUCGUAUUAAUCAAUCAUCAACGAAUAAUAUCAGUAUCAAAGUCACAAUAUCGGAAACUAGCAGAUUCUUAAUGGUUCGAUAUAUAAAUCAGAGUGGCAGUUUUCAUGUUUCGACCACACCAAAGGCGAUGAAAAUGUUUGGAUUGUAUGGUGAAGAUAUUUACGAUCAGAUACAGGAACAAUGGCCUGGAUUGGUGUGUAAAACACGGGCAAUCGAUCGCGGAAUUUUGAUUUUUUUGAGUAGAAAUUUAACAGAGACUUCUACUGGUGGCAUGAGAUAUAGCGCGUAUAGGAAGAAGUCGACGAGUUCUCUAAAAGAGGACAGGAGGCCAAGAGGAAGGACCAAGUGA